AUGUUUUUUAAUAAUAGUGAACAGAACUUUUAAGGGAACACUCCAUUAGGAUAUCAAUUUGGAGGAGCUUACACCUUUGGUACAUCUGAACGAACAGAUUGGGUUAAAAGAGAUGAUAAAGUUUAAUCAAAAACAGAAUAAGCUACAAUGUGCGAGAGAUUCGAGGAGACCCUCAGAAUAACUGAAAAAUUACGACAAAGCUAAUAAAAAUCUACUAGAUCUAAUUUUCCUAGAGAUGACAGAAUCAAACCAAUAAAGUCAACAAAUCCUCCUGUAGGGCAAUAUAAUCUUCAUAAGUAACUCAUAUUAGAUGAAGAAAAUAUCAAGAAUAUCUCAGACAAAACACAAUAAGAAAAAAAAAAGGCUUAAUUUACAAUUCAAACUUCUUUAGGCAAAAUAAAACCAAAUGGAGAAAUUGACACUCAUCCAACAUGGGUGAAUGGAAAAGAGCAACAAUUUAGAGAAGAUCCUAUAGGUCCUGGAUCUUAUAAUCCAAACAUCCCGGGCAAAACUCAAGCUCCAAUAUCAUUUGGAUAUAAGGAAACUUUUAAUUGGACUAAAGAUGGACCUUCACCUGAUAAAUAUUACAAUUCUGAAACCUUCAGUUAAUUCAGAACUACAACAAGUUGGUAAGACACAAAACAUAGAAAGACUGGGUUUGGUUCAGCACCAAAAAAUGUAUGGCCUAAAUCAAUUGAUCUUGGACCUGGAUAAUAUCAACCAAAUGAACUUCCAAAAGGCUUAACCAUAUCAUUCCCAAAAAGUGAAAGACAAUAUUACAAAUCAUCUGAAAUUCCUGGUCCUGGUGCUUAUGCUCCAAAGAAUGUCAAUGUAAAGAAAGCGUUCAGUAUUGGGCAUAAGUACAUUCCUUUUAAAACAUCAGAUUUCUAUGUUCCGGGCCCUGGAACUUAUAAUCAAAAAUUGCCAUCAAAUGGUAAAUAUAUCUCAAUGCCUAAAGAUAAAAGAUAAGAUCUAGUCACUCGAGAAUCAACACUCAAACCAGGCCCUGGUCAAUAUAUAUAAAGCACAGACACCAUUAAGCCUAAAGAAGUACCUAUUGAAAAUUAGCAUGGUUUUGGUGUUGCCAAGAGAUAUGAAUUAGCUUAGGAUGACAACAUUGAACUUCCAGAAAAGACUGAAUUACAAAAACAGGAAGAAAGAGAAAAAAUAGGAUUUUCAACUCUAGGAGGUCCUAAAUACUCAAUGAGAUAAAAAAAUGAAAAGUAAAGCAUCAAUUAGAAUCCUUCUCCUGGCAAAUAUGAACCUGAUUACGAUUUCAAAUAUGGUUAAUAAUCUGAGUACAAACCACCUUAUCAUUAUACUGUUCCAAAGACUGCUACUCCUUAGAUGGGUUUAAGUAACAGAAGUGAUCCAACGAUUUCAAAAUUUAAGGAAAUUGGACCUGGAAGUUACACAGCCCUGCCAUCAUAAUCUGGUCCCAGAAUAAGUAUGCCGAAAGCUGCUAGAUUUCCUAUUAGAGAAGCUGAAGAUGUGGGUCCUGGCUCUUAUAAAAUUGGAACAACAAUUGGUUUAAUACCAAAAUAUCAUUUUGAAAAACAAAGAGAUUAAUUAGAAACUUCAUUAACACAAUUUGAUAAAUUUCAUAAAUGA